AUGCAGAAGGGUCUUUUUCUGAAGACAACCGCCCCACUAGAUGACGGGGGUGAGAUCAUAGUUCCCCAAUUUUGGGUGCCCCAUCCGGACUGGUUUAAGGAUGAGGGUUUUUUGUCCCUUUAUAACUUAAGCAUUAUGUUUAACAAGGAAGAAGCAAAAAGAAUGGUGCCACCAGAGAAGACACCGGCUACUUCUGCCAUUCUCUUGAGGAAGAAGCAGCUGGAAGAGAAGAAGGCGGCGAUGGCCGCCAAAAAUGCCGGGGCCGGGAGCCAAGUCAUACCUCGCUCUGUAGCGAGUAUGCAAAAACGACCGGCUGGGAAUAUUCCCAAGCCUGCCGCCAAAGUGCCUAGGGUGGCGGCUCCUGCCCCGGCUGCUGGUCAGAAAGAGAAGACGCCUGACAAGGACAGGCCAACAACUGCAGGGAAGAGCCUGCAAUUCACUCCCCACUUUGAAAUGGUGGUGGAGUCAGCAAGACCGGAUGCUCGUACUCAGACGAGCUCCGGUUCUUUAGCGGCUGGGGGGGCUUUGACCCCACAGUCCGAGAAAGAUACAACCUCCAGCCGUCCAAACUACCAGCAAUAUGCUAAGAGGAUGGUGAAGACCAUCACUCGGUCUGAGAGAGAAGCUGUGCCGGCUGUACACACGGUUAAUCUUGACCGAAUCACUUUUCUCCUUGUUGAGACGCUGCUGAGAGUUGAUGGGCUUAGCGUCCCUCUUCGCAAGAAGCAGGAGGAGGUAAGAAACGCUCAGAAGCUCGCAUCUGAGCUUAUUGACGUUUGCCAAUUCAAUGCCAUUUCAUAUGACUUGGAAACUGAACAAAGGAAGUUGCAACAGGAGGAACUGCAGAAGAAGGCGACUGCGGCUGGGGAGGCGUCAUUGCAGAGAGUUGAUGAGCUUGAGCUCCAGGUCAAAAAUCUUCAAACUGACCUUAAAGCCCUAGAGAAUGCUGACAAGGAAAAUGUCAAUCUCCGGAAGGACAACAGCCGGCUGGUAGCUGAACUUGCAAACAAUCAGGCGGCUCUUAAGAAAGAGCUGGAACAGGAACAACUCCGCCUGAUUGCAGAAAAUGAGGCCGACUGCGAAGAACGUAUGAAGCUCACUUGGAGCCUGAUCCAUCCGGAUAUCGAGUACGAAUACUGGAAUCUUCGAUACCAGUAUGCCUCUGAGGUUUAUGAGGCUAAGGUACUCGGGACUGACCCUCCUCCUGCUUUUGACGAGUGGGUUGAGCGCAACAAUGCGAUUACGCCGGAUGGGGCCAAUCAAGAAGCGCAAGUGGAGGAUCAGCAAGUGGUGGAGCAGUCGGUCGAAGUUCCAGUCGAUGAAACUCAGCAGCCAGAGCCUCAACAACAACAACAACCUCAACAGCAACAACCAUAA